AGCUGGCUCCCUCCGCUUUGGGAGUGUUUCGCAUUUAAACAAACACGGUCCUAGCCGAAGAUGGCGGAGAGUUUGUAGAGGCUGAAAAAGAAAGAAAAAAAAAAACUGCUCCUACUCAAUGAAAGCAUCGAAGCCGGUGCUGAUAUGCGCUGAAGAUGAGUGGCGUAGGAGACAACUUGUUGGAGCCGCUGUGCGCCGACCGCAAGCGUAAACUGUCCACCUGCGACACACCGGGCUUAGGGUGUGACAAGCGUCGGAGGGAACAGGAGAGCAAGUACAUCGAGGAGCUGGCCGAGCUCAUCUCGGCGAACCUCUCCAACAUCGACAGCUUCAACGUCAAGCCUGACAAAUGUGCCAUCCUCAAGGAGACCGUGAGGCAGAUCAGACAGAUCAAAGAGCAAGGAAAGAGCUCUUGCAGUGAUGACGAUGUCCAGAAGGCGGACGUGUCUUCCACCGGUCAAGGGGUCAUUGACAAGGACCAUCUGGGACCACUGCUCCUUCAGGCAUUGGACGGCUUUCUGUUUGUGGUUAACCGAGAGGGCAGCAUCGUCUUUGUGUCGGACAACGUGACGCAGUACCUGCAGUACAAGCAGGAAGAGCUCAUCAACACCAGUGUGUACAACAUCAUCCAUGACGAGGACCGGGAGGAGUUCCACAAGAACCUACCCAAGUCUAACGCACCAAAUGGAGCAUCGUGGGGUGGAGAGGCACCCCGACAGAAGAGCCACACCUUCAACUGUCGAAUGCUGGUGAACUUCGGUCAUGGGUUGUCAGAAGAGAGGCCGGGGGGCCGGCGCUAUGAGACCAUGCAGUGUUUUGCCCUCACUCAGCCCCGGGCCAUGAUUGAGGAGGGAGAAGAUUUGCAGUCGUGUAUGAUCUGUGUGGCGCGACGCAUCAUUGCAGUAGAGAGGACGGAGCGGUUUAGCACGCGCCAUGAACUGUCUGGUAAGCUGAUUGGAAUUGAGCAGGAAACCUCUCUGAGCACCACGAUGCGUCCAGGCUGGGAGGACCUGGUGAGGCGCUGCAUGCAGAUGUUCCUCCAUCGAAGUGAGGGACAACCGUGGUCCUACAAACGGCACUACCAAGACGCUUUCCAUAAUGGCCACGCGGAGACGCCACUCUACCGCUUCUCACUGUGCGACGGCACCCCAGUCACCGCCCAGACCAGAAGCGACCUCUGCAGAAAUCCCAGCACCAAUGAACCGCACUCUUUCCUCUCCACACACUUGCUACAAAGAGAGCAGAAUAGUUACCGUGGAAACCAGGGUGGAGGUAUGAGGCCUCAAAACAUAGGUGUGAACAACCCCAACCAACCGGCGAACAUGGGCCCAGGAGGGGGCAUGAACAGGGGCUACGGCGUGGCCGAGCAGGGCAACAUGCCGCAAAGAGGAGUGCCUCCGUACACCGGGGGCAACCGCAUGAAUCCCAUGAGCCAGAUGAGCCCCAUGCAUCAGAUGAAUCAAAUGAACUCCAUGCAUCAGAUGAACAACAUGGGUCAAAUGAAUCCCAUGAAUCAAAUGAGUUCCAUGCAUCCAAUGAGCUCCUCGAUGAACCAGAUGGGGCCCAUGAAUCAGAUGGGCCAUCAUGGCAUGCAGCAACAACAACAACAGCAACAACAACAGCAGCAGCAGCAGCACCAACAUCAGCAGAUGGGUCAGUUCCAUGGAGGUGGAGGUGGACCUGGCGGUGGAGCGUAUGGGAUGGGAAUGACCAGCCCCCCACAGGCCAGUCCAGGCAUGAAUGGCCCCCCACACAACGUCAUGGGUUCACCCAGAGUCCGAGGCAGCCCCAAGAUGGGUGCCAGCCCCUUCUCUCCCGGAGGUAUGAACUCUCCCAUGAGCUCCAGUCACCCUGGUAACUCUGGAGGAGGGACCACCUUCUCCAGCAGCUCCUUGAAUGCCCUCCAAGCCAUUAGUGAGGGAGUGGGCAAUCCGAUGCCCUCCCCGCUCACCUCUCCUCCCCCUCACAAGCCUGACAGCUCCCCGAGCAUCAACUCCACCAACCAUGCAGCAGGGGGACCCUGUAAGCCAAGCCUCCCAGUCUACUCUGACUCCAAGAGCCCAGGCAGCUCCCUGGGAGCUGGAGGAGAGCAGCAGUCUCAGCAGAACCCUCACACCCCCACCAGCGAGAGCCCUCCUGACAAGCCAGACAGCCAGGCCAGCAGAGAGGCGGGUCCGGCCGGGGGAGAAUCGAACCGACGGGCCCCUGACGCAAAGUCCCACAAGAAGCUUAUGCAGCUCCUCAUCUCCCCAACCGAUGAGCUGGUGCCAUCUAAUCACACGCAGGGCUCCGGGCCCGGCUCCACGCCCGAGGCUAAAGACGGAACCGCCGGGGUCACCAGCCCCUCCUCAACAGGAGUGUCCUCCUCUACGGGCGGGAAUCACGGCGCUGUGUCUUCCUCAGGCGCCACAGGACAUUUAACAAAUCAGUCGCUGCAGGAGAAGCACAAGAUCCUCCACAAGCUUCUGCAGAACGGCAACACUCCCGACGAGGUGGCUCGCAUCACAGCCGAGGCCACCGGGAAGAGCAGCCUGGAUUCAGGGGCGCCGGAGCCUGGGCCUGCAGCCGCCGGAGGGGUCAGGGGAUCGGAAUCAAAGCAGGAGCAGCACAGCCCGAAGAAGGAGAAGCCCCACGCCCUCCUUCACUACCUCCUCAAUAAGGACGACUCUAAGGAAGGCGGUGAUAUCAAGCCAAAGCAGGAGGAGCUGGAGGGGAGAGGAGCUCAGGGUACAGGGGUCACCAGCUCUGACCCCCACUGCAUGGAUGGGAAGGUCAAGUUGGAGCCGUCGGACGAGGCGGAAACCCUGGAGACCAUUCUGGGUGUCCCGAGGAACAACCCUGGCUUCUACCCUGAACCAGACUCCAGAGCAGGGAAGGAAGGGGGCAACAAACAGGCAAAUGUGCCCGACAGUUUACACGAUGGGGAGAGAGGCCCCAUGCCUCCAGCGCAGCGCGCCGCCUAUCAAAGAGCCUUGUCCGUGGACGCCAAGCCCAUCGGUGGAGAGGGAGCAGUAGGAGGAGGGCUGGCCGGGAGACGGAAUGUCCCCUGUCCCACGUUGGUCAAACAAGAGAAGAUGGAUGCUCCGAUUCGACCGGGGCCCGUUCCCAACGGCUUUCCCGGGGGCAUGGGUGUGUGUCCACCACGGGGCAACCCAACAAGAGGAAUGGGCAGAGGAAUGGGAAUGCCUCAGCGGCCUCCCAUGUCAGCGCCAGGGGACUGGGGGAUGCCGCGGUCCGGCGGCAGCCCCGUGGCCGGACCAGGACACCCUGGCAUGGGUCGCGCCGGUCCAAUGGGAGGACCCAUGAUCAACCGGUCCCACAGCGUACCCGGGAAAACCAGGUCCAUGCUGCAGCAGCAGCUCAUGGAUAUGGGUACCAAUGAAGCCAAUAUGGGUAUGAGCCCGUUCGGUGGACAUGGGCACCCACCUCAGUCCCCGUCCUGGCCAGACUCUGCUAUGGGACUGGACAGGCCAAAGACCAACACAAAAAGGGACCAGUUUGGGCACCCCCUGGAGGAGCUGCUGGGGCCCCGGGUCAACAGCGAGGGCCCGAGUGACGAACGAGCACUUCUCGACCAGCUGGACUCUCUGCUCAAUACCACGGAUGUCAUUGCUCUGCAGGAGAUAGACCGAGCCCUAGGCAUCCCUGAAAUAGUAGGCCAGAACCAUAGACCCGAAGGCCACCAGCAGGGCCCGGAUCGAGGCCCGGGGCGGUGCCCACCAUCGGAACCUUUCCCGGGGCCAGACUCCUCCUUAGGCAUGGACCAAAAACCCAUGUAUAACCAAGGUUACCCCGGGCCCCCAGGGCCCGCCUCUCGGGGCAUGCAGCCGGGUUAUGGUAGCAACGCGAUGCCAGGCCAGUCUCCUGGAGGCUUCAACCCCAUGAUGAAUCAAGUGGGCCAGACGGGGAGCUUCCCUGGCAUGGGGGGCAUGGGCAACCCCCGCGCAAACAUGAUGCGACCUCGCAUGAUGACUGCCACCAAGCCUCUCCGACUGCAGCUGCAGCAGAGACUGCAAGGACAACAGUUUAUGAACCAGACCCGACAAGGCUUGAAGAUGGAACAUGCCCCGGGAGGAAACCCCGCAAUGCAUUCAGGCAUGCAGCCCGGCAUGCAAGCUGGAAUGCAGCCCGGCAUGCAAGCUGGCAUGCAAGCUGGAAUGCAGUCAGGCAUGCAGUCCGGCAUGCAGCCUGGCAUGCAGCCCGGCAUGCAAGCUGGAAUGCAGCCAGGCAUGCAGUCCGCCAUGCAGUCCGGGAUGCAGCCUGGCAUGCAAGCUGGCAUGCAGCCCGGAAUGCAAGCUGGUCAGCCUGGUUUCCUGAACGCCCAGAUGAUGGCUCAGCGCAGCAGGGAGAUGAUGACCAUGCAGAUGAGAAGGCAGCGGAUGAUGAUGCUGAUGCAACAGCAGCAGGGGCAAGGCCAGGGGCAAGGCCAGGGGGCAACGAGAGGCUUCAGCCCGCCUCCAAAUGUCACCGCACCAGGAGGCAUGGAAGGCGCCAUCGGGGGCGCCCCCAUGAACCAGCCUGGACAGCAGGGAUUCAACUAUGCAGGGGUGAACCCGCAGGGGGACCCAUCAUUCAUGGCUCCAGGAAGCAGUCCCCCAGCAAACAUGAUGCAAGGACGUAUGGGGGGGCCUCCACAGACCACCAUAAUGCCAGGGAUGCAGGGCAAUCCCCAGGGAGGGCCAAUGUAUCAGUCAGGAGACAUGAAAGGCUGGCCACAGGGCGGCAUGCCCCGCAGCAACACAUACCCCCAGCAACAGUUUCCCCAGCAUGGCAACCAAGGUCAGUUUGGACCCAUGAUGAUGAACAACUCCAUGGGUGGACCCGGGCCAGUCAGCGGGGCACCCGUUGCAGGUCAGAUGGGCCAAAUGCCAGGCCAGAGGCAGGGCCAGAUGCAGGGCCAGAUGCAGGGCCAGAUGCAGGGCCAGAUGCAGGGCCAAAUGCAGGGCCAGAUGCAGGGCCAGAUGCAGGGCCAGAUGCAACGCCAGACAGGCAUGAACCCCAUGGGAAUGGGCAGAAUGCCAAUGGGACCUGAUCAGGUAAUGCACUGUCACAGGGCCGGCUGAUGUUUUUUAAACACAGUUGAGAUAUUAUGGGCAUGGAAAGGGAAAUGUUGGUUUUUCAACCCCAUCUCACUCUCUUUUCUUUUUUUUUUCCUCUCCGCAGAAGUAUUGCUGAGGACCUGUGGCUGUUGAGAGAAUCUGGAGCCUUUCAGCUCUGGCGGAGUGGUCUGAGCCAUCAGCAGAGCUGGACCUCCACACACACACACACACACACACACACAUACACAGUAGGGGUCCUCCAGCAUUAAACGUGACGCAGGAGACUCUGCACAACACACGGCUCAUCCUGGAGGAGGCGGGCUCACACACACCGUACCCCGGUUAAGGUGACGCACGUGUGUGGGUGAGCGUGAACGACCUGGAGCUCGCCGCGGAACCGGACUAUGGUACCAACCAGCUGCACUUUACCUGGAAGCUUCUGUGUAGAACAAAAAAGAUCGAUGCAAUAUUUCUUCAUCAUUACAGCCUUACUAGAGAUUCAAUGCCUUCACAACGAUGGGUUUCUUUUUUCCUUUUUUUUAAUUUCCCUUUGGAUGCGCCUCAUUCUUGAAGUCGUCGGAAGCUAUAAGCACAGUUAUUAACUAUGUUAUGCAGAUCGGAGCAAUAACUCUCGCCUCUAUGCUUUUUAGGCUGUAACUGAGCGCCAUGACACCUGUUAUAAGCAAACAAAUGGUACUGCAGUAUUAGAUGUCUCAAAUGUCCUCUGUGAAUAUGAAUUGUAAAUAUUCUACAAAAUAUAUCAAACAUGCUUUUUAAAGGCCCAUUAUUGCACAAAGUAUGAGACCUGGUUGUAUUUUUGUGUCCCAUAGGUCAAUGUUGAGUUGGUUGAUUUUUGUUUUUAUUUUAUUUUUCAAUGAUUUUAUUUUUUUCUUUCUUCAAAUUCUCCUUGCAAAUGUCGCAGGCGUGUUUUGGGGGUUUCUUUCCCUCGUUUGUCUUUUUUCUUUUUUUUUCGAAUGCUGUAUUUUCCCAGUUUUUCCCCCGAAAACAGUCGCGACGAGUAUCUGAUGAGCUUUCAGGUUUCUGAGCUUUCAGGUUUACAGGAAGUGAAUUCUGUCUGGACGUGAAGCGACGUGGUCUUCGUUGGGCCCUCUGAGCCGUACGGUGGGUUUGGUCUGCAGUCCAGUGAAGACGGGACCUCUGCAAAGCCCGGGCCUUGCAGAGGUCCUGCCCCCCCCCCCCCCCCACAGCUCUGUCUGUCUGCUGAGUGUAUUUUUAAUUCACAGCAUUUUCUUUUGACUGUUCUGAAUCUACCUUUUUUUCAACAUGCGCAAUCCAAAGAUAUUUUUCCACAUCUCUGUAUAGUUUCUGGUGUACAUUUGUAAUGAUAUGUGUUCUUGUUAGUCUGAUGGUAAAUGGGUACAUAUCAAAGAUCUUUUUAAAGCAUUUGAUGGGUUUUGUACUGCGAGUGUGAGGAACAUGGGGGGGGGGGGUCGUUCCACAGGGGGCGGGGCUAUCGGUGCGAAGAGGACCGGAAACUCAACCCAACGGCGGAACGUUUUUACAUCGAGGAGAAAGAAAUUAAGUUGAAAUCGCAGCAUGUUUUUGCUGUGAAAGAGAAAUACCAAUUGAAUGAUAUCCACUUCAAGACAUAUCAAUAUCUAUCUGUCAGGAAGCAUCUUUUAUGUCCCGCUUUUGUUACUUCAGGAGAAAAAAAAGAACUUUGUAGAGUUUGAAUGAAGUGAAAAAAAACAAAGAGGCAAGAUAUCAUUUGGUUUGUUUUGAGGUAAAAUAAGCUGUCAUUUUACAGGAUGUAUAUUACAGAUUUUGUCUGUUGUUGAUAUUGAUGUAAAUACAAAUUUCUAUUUAAACACCCUUGA